UAGGGGCGGGGUUUCCCUGCGAUUCUGUCGGCCGUUGGGCGCGCAAGGAAUUUCAAACAUUUGGACAUCUAAGUAGGACCUGUUCCGUGGAUUUGGGUUAAGUUCGGGAAUUGUGAUAUAGUCAGUAGAAAAAUGGGCCGAGAGUAAAAAAUGUAAAGGUGCGUCGUAUACGGCAGAAAAGAUCGUACAGAAUAAGUAGGCUAAUGUAUUGUCCAUGUUAAAAUGCUCCUUCCUUAUGGUUUCAGCUGAAUUCCAUCUACAGAGUCGGCCACGGAAAUACUGAACCCUACGAUCUGCCAAGUGGGCAAAAUGCAGGAUUGUAAAGAGUUUUCUCUGAGGGCUGAGAUAGACCGCCUUUCUUCCGAGUUGCAGGAAGCCACUGAAGAAAACCUACAGGCUGCCCGCUAUGGUCUGGCUGUCCUGGAGGAGAACACUGCUCUAAAAACCAAAUACAGUGAGUUGGAGUUAGAGCAUGAAGCACUCAAGCAAGAGCUGGAACAUAUAAAAGAAGCACUUGCAGACUCCCUGAAUAAUCAUAAGAAAGCAACAGCAGAUGGGGAAAAACAUGAGGAAUCACUACUGAGAGAAACUGCUUCCAAAGAGGCUGCCAUGGAAGAAAAGAUUGAGGAAUUACAGUCUGACCUGAAACAAGCCAGAGUUAGUCUAGCCAACACCAAGGCAGAGAACGAACGGUUUGUUUACAUCAUGCAAGACCUCAAAAAGGAGUGUGAGUGCUUGGAAGCAGAAAAGGGUCAUUUGCGGGAUGAACUCAAAGAAUACAAAGUUCGGGAGUUAAGGCAACUACAAGACAACACUGAACUAGAGGACGAGAACAUCUCUUUGCAGAAACAAGUUUCAGUCCUGAAAGAGAAUCAGGUGGAGUUUGAAGCAGUGAAGCAUGAGCUGAAAUGCAGAGACGAAGAGCUGGUGCUUUUGAAUAACCAGAUUGAAGAAAUGAAUCGUCUGCGAGAAAUCUCUGAACGACAGCUUGAGGAAGCUCUGCAUACCCUUAAAGAGGAGAGAGAACAAAAGAGCAGCCUGCGUAAGGAACUGUCAAUGUAUUCUAUCAAUCCCUUUGACUCCCUCAGCAACCUUCAUCUUAAUCUGGAGGGUCUGGAAGAGAGUCUUCAAGAUGGCCAAGAAGACAGUGGCUUUAACAGUUGUGGGAUAUACCCUCCCAAAAUCAAUGGAGAGCACAUACACCGUAUCUCAACUCCACGGAACAGUGAUGUUUUCCGGCCUGCACCCAGCCUGGUCUCAGAUCUGCUUAGUGAGUUGAAUCUUUCAGAAUCUCAAAGGCUUAAACAGCAACUGCUCCAGGUGGAGAAGGAAAAAACAACCCUCAUCAAUUCUGUGCAAGAGUUACAGAAGCAGUUAGAUAUAACAAAGGAGGCUCUAUCAGAGCAACAACAUAUGGUACACAAGUCAGUUCAACAGUUGGAGGCAUUGCAGAGCUCCAAUGACUUACUAUUGCAGCAUCAGAAAGGAAACAAUAUGGGGAGCAAGGGUUCUUGCCAACUACAUGUCAACGGUGAAGAAAACCCAGAAUUCCCAUUUUCAACUAAUGAAGAGCUUAUACAUCUUAAGAAGAAUUUAAAAGAAGCAGAAGCCAGAUUUAGUGCUCUAGAAACCAAAUACAAAAAUGAGAAAGACAGAUGGAGGGGUGAAGCACAGGAGCUUGCUGAUAAAAUUUGUCAGUGUAUCAAGAUUAGCCGACAAGACCAGGACCGAAUCUCUGAGUUGGAAAAAGAAAUUGGAACAGCUCGUAAAGUGGCAACAGAUACAGAUGUCAUUCUUGGUAUGGUACAGAAAGAGCUGGUGGUAUUCACAGAAGAGAUGGCUAGCUUAUAUCACCAUAUUUGUAUGUGCAAUAAUAUAACACCAAAUCGGGUCAUGCUUGACUACUACAAAGAAGGAAGAGGCAGCCGCAGCUCCCUCAAAAAACGUCGUUCUUCUGAUCUUUUAGGAAAGAUGAUGCUCAGCCCAGAGUCUCCAGUCAGUGAAAGUAGUCAUAGUGGCGAUUCUUCCCCUGUUGGAGGCAGCUCCAGCUCGCCUACUAUAGACUUUAGAGACCCUUUGAAUGCACGAAAUCUAAUAACUGUAGCAAGGAACCAGAUUAAACAUUUACAGGUGGCCGUGGACCUUUCAAGACAAAGAGGAGGCAACUUUCCUGUUUCUUCUCUUUUGGGCACUGAAGCAGAACUAGACAAUGCAGCACUCAUGGAGGAGGUUUUAAAGCUGAAAUCACUUCUCAGUACCAAGCGGGAACAGAUUGCUACACUAAGGACUGUCCUCAAGGCAAACAAGCAAACUGCUGAAGUGGCAUUGUCUAACCUGAAAGCUAAGUAUGAAAAUGAGAAGUCUUUGGUAUCAGAAACAAUGGUGAAGCUGAGGAAUGAGCUGAAAGCUCUAAAAGAGGACGCUGCUACCUUCUCUUCCCUAAGAUCCAUGUUUGCCAGCAGGUGUGAUCAGUAUGUUGCACAACUGGAUGAGAUUCAGAGACAGCUAGCUGCUGCAGAAGAUGAGAAAAAGACUCUUAAUUCUCUACUGCGAAUGGCCAUACAGCAAAAAUUAGCAUUGACUCAAAGACUAGAGGAUUUAAAAAACCCACACCCAGGAGAUGGAACCCGAAGAAGUCGAACUCAGCCUAUAGGCAGCAGCAGCAAGACCAGUCGUUCUCCUCGCAGCCCAAGAGGCAGUCCUGUGAGCUUCACUCGCAGCCCCAGAGCUAGUCCGAGAUGAACUUUUGGUGUGCUGUCUUUCAUCUGGAGUGUGAGCUCAUUCAUCAUUUACUUCACCAAGACUUCCAUACUUGUCAACUUUAUAAAUGCUGAACAAACAAAAGAAAGAUACAACAGGAAACAAGAUUUUGCACUAACUUGGAAAUUACAGUUUAUUACAUGUUUUAUAGAACUAUUUUACAUUCUUUUACCUUACAUAUUAACAACUAUGCUUUUUUCUGCCUAUGUGUUUAAUAAUGUUUAAAGUGAAGUUUUUAAUCUUCUUUGAGCCUUAUGAGACGACGUGUUUCAGGUUUUUCUUGUUUAAAAAAAAAAAAGUCUCACUUUGAUUUAAGGGCUAUCUAGUUUUGUUUUUGAAGCCUAUUUAAUAAGUGUAAAGAUUUGAAUAAAGAGGCAGUCUAAUUAAUAAUUUGAUUCGUAGUUUACAGCUUGAAUAAUGCAAAGAAUUUUUUUUUACUUGGAUGAUCUUAUGGAUAUUACCAAUGCAAAACCAGCUACACUAUCCAAACCACCAGUAAAGGCCUAAAGAAAAAUCCUGAAUUGAUUUAUAUUAAAAGUACUGAAUCACAUCUGAAUUCAGACUUUUGUUUCCUAAAUUAAUACCACUUUGUUGUAUAUCAAGUGUGGGUAAAUUUUAACUAAGAGAAAAAUUCAGCCGAGUCUCUGAAUGCAAUAGCCAAGAGGAGUCUGAUUCUCUCUGGUUAAAUCUACAAUAACUGGAUUAACGGCACCUUCCAUUCAGGUAUACUAGAGCAUAUUUUUGGGUAAUGAGUGGAUUAGCCAACUUUAAUUUAAUGUAUAAUGAGCAGGAGAUUUACAGAUGUGAUUUUCACAAAAGCCAGUAAUAUGUCACUGCUGUAAUGCUGGGAUAGACAAUUUUCUAAAUAAUUUUCAAAUUAGUAAUUCUAAUCCAUUUUCAUGAAAAAGUCUGAAGUUCAUUAUUUACUUUUCGUAUUUUUAAGUUGCCUUAUAUAGGUUCUGGAUUUACCACAUUUAGCUCUCUAAUGAAAGCAACCUUGUGCCACCAGGAUACACCAAGAAACUACAGUAGGAUGUUGAGUUAUGGAGUGGUUGUGUUAGGAUAUCGUAAACAGGGUUUGCUUUGGGUAAAAAAGCAUAAUUGUUUUGUUGUUACAUGUUCUUGUGCAGGCCGAUGUACAAAGUACAACUCUAGCAGCUGGUAAAAGUAGCGACUGCAGCACAGGUGUUUUUAAAUGGUAGUGUUUUUGUUGCUUUUAUUAUUUUUGUAACAUAGUAAAAUGUAAUUUACAAAAAAAUCCUGGUUGAUCUAGUCGAGCUUUUUAUGUCUACAGUUAAGACACAUACUACAUGUGAUUUCUGGAGGAAUUAACAACAUACCUUAGGAAUAUUAUGACCGAAAUUAUGUUCUUUUUAUGUCUAUUGUUAUAUUAAUAAUUCUGAACAAUAGUUAAAAAAGCAUUGCUUAUUUGAUCAGUGAAAGAAUACAGACUGAUGUGUACUGUUUUUUUUUUCCAAAAAAAAGAAAUGUCCUAAAUAUGAGCACAUAUUCAAAGCUUAAAGAGUAAGUGUGGUAUUUUUUAAAUUAAAGAUAUUUUUCACAAUCAUUAAUCUGCCAUGGGGAAACUGAUCUUAAGUGAAGCAUUUUUUUUAAAUCAAUUUUUUAAAAAAUCACGGUGCUUGUUUUUGUGGUUUAAAAUGCCGUGUUCGAGGCACUGGUCCAGAUGAGAAACUUACCAACAUGUGUCCAUUUUCAAGUUAAGAAUGUUCUCAAGUAUUGAUCUGUAUCCUGAGAUUGCAAACAUACUGUACAAUUGCAUAUCUAUGGUUCUUUUUGGAGGAAUUAAAAAAUAAAAA